UUCUGUUUUGUCGAUCAUAAAAAAAAUGAAAGUGAGAUUAGUAAACCAAAUGAUUUUAAAAUGUUGAAGUAUCUAUAAAGUGUCAGUAAUCAGUGGGCAUAAAUUAGAGCACCGCACACAGUUCUUCAUCUGAUCCACAUCAUAAGGAGAAGGCAUCGCCCUUGCCUUUUUAUUUCAGUUCUGUCUCUGCUGCAAAUUCUCUCUAUCUUAUCUGCUCUCUUUAUUCCCAGAUGGCUUCAUCAACUCUAAUCUGUGACACCCAGCCCUGGAAGGACUUGCAGGCUCAUGUUGAUGAUGUAAAGAAGACUCAUUUACGCAAUUUGUUGAGCGAUACUGACCGAUGCAAGUCCAUGUUGGCUGAGUUUGAUGGGAUUAUGCUCGACUACUCGAGGCAACAAGCUACUGCUGAAACUGUUGACAAGCUCUAUAAUUUGGCUGAGGCAGCUCAUCUCAAGGAAAAGAUUCAUCGCAUGUUCAAUGGAGAACGCAUCAACAGCACAGAGGAUAGAUCCGUCCUUCAUGUAGCUCUUCGUGCUCCAAGGGAUGCAGUUAUAAAUAGUGAUGGGAAGAACGUUGUACCAGAUGUCUGGAGUGUUCUUGACAAAAUAAAGGACUUUUCUGAGAGGAUCCGCACUGGUUCCUGGGUUGGAGCUACUGGGAAGCCACUUACUGAUGUUAUUGCCAUUGGUAUUGGUGGCAGCUUCUUAGGUCCAUUGUUUGUCCACACAGCUCUUCAAACAGACCCGGAGGCUAAGAAAUCUGCAAAGGGCCGCCAGUUGCAGUUUCUUGCAAAUGUUGAUCCAAUUGAUGUCGCUAGAAACAUAGCAGGCCUAAGUCCUGAAACCACCCUUGUUGUCGUGGUUUCAAAAACCUUUACUACUGCUGAAACUAUGCUAAAUGCAAGAACGCUAAGGGCAUGGAUUUCUAAAGAACUUGGGCCUUCUGCAGUUGCAAAGCAUAUGGUGGCUGUUAGCACAAAUCUCACGCUUGUAGAAAAGUUUGGUAUUGAUCCAAAUAAUGCUUUUGCAUUCUGGGACUGGGUUGGUGGCAGAUAUAGUGUUUGCAGUGCCGUUGGAGUGUUGCCUUUGUCUCUUCAGUAUGGCUUCUCCAUUGUUGAGAAGUUCUUGCAAGGAGCAUCAAGCAUUGACCGCCAUUUUUCUUCUGCACCGUUUGAGAAAAAUAUUCCAGUUCUUUUGGGUUUGUUGAGCGUGUGGAAUGUUUCAUUCCUUGGAUAUCCUACAAGAGCUAUCUUACCUUAUUCCCAAGCCCUGGAAAAACUGGCUCCACACAUUCAACAGGUUAGCAUGGAAAGUAACGGGAAGGGGGUAUCUAUUGAUGGUACGCCGCUUCCUUUUGGAACUGGUGAAAUUGAUUUUGGUGAACCAGGGACAAAUGGUCAGCACAGCUUUUAUCAACUAAUUCACCAGGGACGUGUAAUUCCCUGUGAUUUUAUCGGUGUUGUGAAAAGUCAGCAACCUGUAUAUCUUGAAGGUGAGGUUGUAAAUAACCAUGAUGAACUCAUGUCCAACUUUUUUGCACAGCCAGAUGCCCUUGCUUAUGGGAAGACAGCAGAACAGUUGCAAAAGGAGAAUGUUCCACAACAUUUAAUUCCUCAUAAGACCUUCACUGGGAAUCGGCCUUCUGUCAGUAUCCUGCUUUCAUCAUUGGAUGCUUACAAGAUCGGACAGUUGUUGGCGAUUUAUGAACACAGAGUAGCUGUGCAAGGCUUUAUCUGGGGAAUCAACUCUUUUGACCAGUGGGGAGUCGAGUUGGGGAAGUCACUGGCUAGUCAAGUCCGAAAGCAACUUAAUGCAUCUCGUACAAAGGGAGAACCAGUGGAGGGCUUUAACUUCAGCACUACAACGAUGCUAACAAGAUUCUUGGAGGAAAGUUCAGAUGUUCCAGCUAAACCUCAAACACUCCUGCCUCGAAUAUAAUUAGAACAAAUAUAUACUUUGGCUGGCCAUUUUGCUGACGAAUCGGUGGUUCUUACAUAAUUCCGUCGGCUUAUAUAUUAACUUGAGUCGUUUUGAGACUUCCCUAAUGUUUAGGGUUUCUUCUCUUCCAAAAACUAAAGCUAUCUUGAGCUUUUGCAUACACAUUAUUGUAUUUCAAAUAAAUUGUAUGUUUACAGUUGUAUGAUCAUGUUCUAAGGUACUACAUAAACUCAAAAAUAACAAAAAAACUUAUCAUAAA